GGCGUCUCGGUGGGCAACAAGUAGAGGUUGCCCGCGGGGGCGGGGCGGAGUCCGGGUUCGUGCCUGGGUGCCACCGGAAGUGUUAGUGCCGACGCGAGCGCGGAAGGGGCGCGGCCUGAGGUCCGCAGGAAGGAGACGAGGAGACUGGCAGCGCUUGACAGACUGAACUUGGAUGGGAGCAACUGGUGCCUCGGGACUGCUCCAAUGCCCGGUCUGCGCUGAAUGUGGAGUAUGUGGAACCACAUUGAAACAUCACAACCGUCUUUUGAUGGCAGAACCCUGAGGACCUCCCUUUUCCAGAUGGGGAAACUGAGGCCCAGAAUCGCUAAGUGGUUUGCUUGAGUUGACACAGGGAGCUCCAGGACUCGCCCUCAGCCAAGCCACCUGCCGGGAACAUGCCUCUGCACCAUCGGGGAACGGCCAGGGGCAGCAAGCCUGUUGGGGAUGGAGCCCAGCCCAUGGCUACCAUGGGAGGCCUGAAGGUGCUUCUGCACUGGGCUGGUCGAGGCGGCGGGGAGCCCUGGGUCACCUUCAGCGAGUCAUCGCUGACAGCUGAGGAAGUCUGCAUUCACAUCGCACAUAAACUCGGUAUCACUCCUCCCUGUUUCAAUCUCUUUGCCCUCUUUGAUGCCCAGGCCCAAGUCUGGUUGCCCCCAAACCACAUCCUAGAGAUCCCCAGAGACGCAGGUCUGAUGCUGUAUUUCCGCAUGAGGUUUUAUUUCCGGAAUUGGCAUGGCAUGAAUCCUCAGGAGCCAGCUGUGUACCGCUGUGGGCCCCCAGGAGCUGAGGCAUCCUCAGAUCAGACAGCACAGGGGAUGCAACUCCUGGACCCAGCCUCAUUUGAAUACCUCUUUGAGCAGGGCAAGUAUGAGUUUGUGAAUGACGUGGCAUCACUGUGGGAGCUGUCGAGUGAGGAGGAGAUCCACCACUUUAAGAAUGAGAGCCUGGGCAUGGCCUUUCUGCACCUCUGUCACCUCGCUCUCCACCACGGCGUCCCCCUGGAGGAGGUGGCCAAGAAGACCAGCUUCAAGGACUGCAUCCCGCGCUCCUUCCGUCAGCAGAUCCAGCAGCACAACGCCCUGACCCGGCUGCGCCUUCGGAACGUCUUCCGCAGGUUCCUGCGGGACUUCCAGCCGGGCCGCUUGUCCCAGCAAAUGGUCAUGGUCAAAUACCUGGCCACACUCGAGCGGCUGGCACCCCGCUUUGGCACAGAGCGUAUGCCCGUGUGCCACCUGAGGCUGCUGGCCCAGGCUGAGGGGGAGCCCUGCUACAUACGGGACAGUGGGGAGGCCCCUACAGACCCUGGCCCUGAGUCUGCUGCUGGGCCCCCCACCCACGAGGUGCUGGUGACAGGCACUGGUGGCAUCCAGUGGUGGCCAGUACAGGAGGAGGUGAGCAAGGAGGAGGGUUCUAUCAGGGGCAGUGGCAGGAAUCUGCAAGCCAGCCUGUCUGGGAAGAAAGCCAAAGCUCACGAGGCAAUCGCCCAGCCAGCGGACAAGCCGAGGGAGCCGCCUCGGGUCUACUUCUGUGACUUCCGGGACAUCACCCACGUGGUGCUGAAAGAGCGCCGUGUUAGCAUCCACCGGCAGGACAACAAGUGCCUGGAGCUGAGCCUGCCUUCUCGGGCUAUGGCGCUGUCCUUCGUGUCACUGGUGGACGGCUAUUUCCGCCUGACAGCCGACUCCAGCCACUACCUGUGCCAUGAGGUGGCUCCCCCACGGCUGGUGAUGAGCAUCCAGGACGGGAUCCACGGACCCCUACUGGAGCCAUUUGUGCAGGCCAAACUGCGGCCCGAGGAUGGCCUGUACCUUAUUCACUGGAGCACCAGCCACCCCUAUCGCCUGAUCCUCACGGUGGCCCAGCGUAGCCAGGCACCAGAUGGCACGCAGUGCUUGCAGCUCCGGAAGUUCCCCAUUGAGCAGCAGGCUGGGGCCUUCAUGCUGGAGGGCUGGGGCCGGUCCUUCUCUAGCGUUCGGGAACUUGGGGCUGCUUUGCGGGGCUGCUCACUGAAAGCGGGAGAUGACUGCUUCUCUCUGCGUCGCUGUUGCCUGCCCCAACCGGGAGAAACCUCCAACCUCAUCAUCAUGCGGGGGGCUCUGGCCAGCACCAGGCCACUCAACCUCAGCCAGCUCAGCUUCCACCGGGUCGACCAGAAGGAGAUCACCCAGCUGUCCCACUUGGGCCAGGGCACAAGGACCAAUGUGUAUGAGGGCCGCCUGCGAGUGGAGGGCAGUGGGGGCCCUGAGGAGGGCAAGAUGGACGACGAGGUCCCCCUCAGGCCCAGCAGGGACUGUGGGCAGGAGCUGCGAGUGGUCCUCAAAGUGCUGGAUCCUAGUCACCAUGACAUUGCCCUGGCCUUCUAUGAGACAGCCAGCCUCAUGAGCCAGGUCUCCCACGUGCACCUGGCCUUCGUGCAUGGCAUCUGUGUGCGCGGCCCUGAAACAUCCCAGGAGAACAAGAACCUGGUUCAUGGUAAUGUGUGUGGCCGGAACAUCCUGCUGGCACGCCUGGGGCUGGAGGAGGGCACAAGCCCCUUCAUCAAGCUGAGCGAUCCCGGCGUGGGCCUGGGUGCCCUCUCCAGGGAGGAGCGUGUGGAACGGAUCCCCUGGAUGGCCCCCGAGUGCUUGCCAGGCGGGCCCAACAGCCUAGGCACUGCCACGGACAAGUGGGGCUUUGGUGCCACCCUCCUCGAGAUCUGCUUUGAUGGAGAGGCCCCCCUCCAGAGCCGCAGCCCCUCCGAGAAAGAGCGUUUCUACCAGAGGCAGCACCGGCUGCCCCAGCCCUCCUGCCCAGAGCUGGCCACACUCACUGGCCAGUGUCUGACCUAUGAACCAACCCAGAGGCCGUCAUUCCGCACCAUCCUGCGUGACCUCACCCGGCUGCAACCCCACAGUCUUGCUGAUGUCUUGACUGUGAACCUGGACUCACCUGCGUCAGACCCUACUGUUUUCCACAAGCGCUAUUUGAAAAAGAUCCGAGAUCUGGGAGAGGGCCACUUUGGUAAGGUCAGCUUGUACUGCUACGAUCCGACCAACGACGGCACUGGCGAGAUGGUGGCGGUGAAAGCCCUCAAGGCAGACUGCGGCCCACAGCACCGCUCAGGCUGGAAGCAGGAGAUUGACAUUCUGCGCACGCUCUACCACGAGCACAUCGUCAAGUACAAGGGCUGCUGCGAGGACCAAGGCGAGAAGUCGGUGCAGCUGGUCAUGGAGUACGUGCCACUGGGCAGCCUCCGAGACUACUUGCCCCGGCACAGCGUCGGGCUGGCCCAGCUACUGCUCUUCGCCCAGCAGAUCUGCGAGGGCAUGGCCUAUCUGCACGCGCAGCACUACAUCCACCGAGACCUAGCCGCGCGCAACGUGCUGCUGGACAACGACAGGCUGGUCAAGAUCGGGGACUUUGGCCUAGCCAAGGCCGUGCCCGAAGGCCACGAGUACUACCGUGUGCGCGAGGAUGGGGACAGCCCCGUGUUCUGGUAUGCGCCAGAGUGCCUGAAGGAGUAUAAAUUCUACUAUGCGUCCGAUGUCUGGUCCUUUGGGGUGACCCUGUAUGAGCUGCUGACGCACUGUGCCUCCAGCCAGAGCCCACCCACGAAAUUCCUUGAGCUCAUAGGCAUCACCCAGGGUCAGGUGACAGUGCUGAGACUCACCGAGUUGCUGGAACGAGGGGAGAGGCUGCCACGGCCCGACAAAUGUCCCUGUGAGGUCUAUCACCUCAUGAAGAACUGCUGGGAGACGGAGGCAUCCUUCCGCCCAACCUUCCAGAACCUCAUACCCAUCCUGAAGACAGUCCACGAGAAGUACCAAGCCCAGGCCCCUUCGGUGUUCAGCGUGUGCUGAGUCACAGUGGCAGCCCUGCCUGGGAGGAUUGGGCCAGGCAGCGGCCGCAGAGGGGGCUUCCUGCUCCUUACCCCAGGAGGAAGCCAGGAGGGCGAAGUCAUCACCGACACCCUGUGCCUCACUCCUUUCUGGAGACCCCACCUCUGUGAACUGAUUUUUCUUCCAUGGCCGUAAGCCUAACCAUGAUCUUGAGGGACCCAAGAUGUGUGGGGCACUAAUCCAGCCCCCAAAUCCCCAGCUCCUAAACUUGAGCCCACCAUUUCCACCGUCUGGUAAUAAACUCCUAUUUCUUCUGCUGGA